GGAGGCGUGCCAGCUGAGCACUUCCCUUGGCUAGGUUUCGACCACUCGGUGCCAAGACUCUCGUCAACUUCAUUAAUACUAGUACUUAUCCAACUCACCAUGAAGGCCUCGCUCAUCUCAGCCGCCACACUCGUCCCCUGGGUAUUGGGUGCGACCGUUCCCAAGGCAGCCAAGGUCGACUACAACGGUUUCAAGGGUCUUCGAAUCACUCUGCCCGAGGGUGCUGAGGAUUUGGUCGACGAAAUCAAUGAGUUGGCUGCCACCAUUUUAAACCCUGGUUCCAAGGAGCAGCUCGAUGUCGUCGUUUCUCCCGACAAUGUCGAGGCCAUCAGCCAGCUGGCGGUGAAUGCUACGGUUCUCCUUGAGGAUGUCGGUGCUGCCUUUGCUGAGGAGGAUAUGGCCUCCGUCUAUGCUGUUCCCAGUGAGACGUGGUUUACUGCCUACCACAGCUACGCCGACCACUUGAACUUCCUUAGAGACCUCCAAAGCAGCUUUCCCAGUCAGUCUGAAGUGGUUACUGCCGGCUCAUCUUUCCAAGGACGAGCCCUCACUGGCAUUCAUAUCUGGGGGAGCGGAGGCAAAGGAUCCAAGCCGGCCGUUGUCCUUCACGGCACCGUUCACGCUCGAGAGUGGAUCAGUACUAUGACCACCGAGUACGUGGCUUGGCAACUUUUGACCAAGUACGCAACCGACUCUGCCAUCAAGGCCGUCGUCGACAAGUUCGACUGGUACAUCACCCCUGUUGUCAACCCGGACGGCUUCGUCUACACUCAAUCUACAGACCGUCUCUGGCGCAAGAAUCGUCAGACCAACACUGGCAGCUCUUGCGUCGGCCGUGACCCCAAUCGCAACUGGCCGUAUAAGUGGGAGCUCACCGGAGGUGCUUCUACAAGUGCCUGCUCCGAGACCUACAAGGGUGCUGCCGCUGCCGAUACCCCGGAGAUUAAGGGUCUCAAGGCCCAGAUCGACUCCCUGUCCGCCAGUAGGGGCAUCACACUUUACCUCGACGUCCACUCCUACGGGCAGUACAUUCUGUGGCCUUAUGGAUACGAUUGCAAGUACGUUGCUCCGGAUGACGCUGCGUUACAAACUCUGGCCCAGCGCGGCGCUACCGCCAUCCGUGGCGUUUCUGGCACCAGUUAUACCAUUGGCAACGCUUGCCGUGCUCUGUACGCGACCACAGGCGAUAGUACCGACUACAUUCACGGCGUUGCCAAGUCCAAAUAUACCUACACCAUCGAACUCAGAGACAGAGGAUCUUAUGGCUUUUCUCUUCCUGCCAGUCAGAUCUCGGCUACCGUGAAGGAAACAUGGGCUGGAGUCCUUGCCAUGGCUCAGGCAGCGUAA